AUGGUAAACAGCGAGACUACAAAGAAAGACACUAUUGCGGUUGACGACCAACUUGAUGACGAUAACCUCCCCGUCGAUGAUGAGGUUACUGAAGAGGAUGCUGUAUUUGCAUCACUCGGUCCCGAUCAGCGAGAAGAGCUACGAGGAUUCAUUCUCUCGCAUCCUUUUAUGCGCAAGGGAAAAUAUCCGGUGAAGCGGUCCGAUAGACGACGGUUCACAGACGCCAUGCGCGACGAGGCAGGAGCUGUUGGAAUGAACGAGGCUGCCACGAAUAGACUCCUGCGAUUUGUCAAGAAGACGUACUUCGAUAUCUAUGAAAUCAGCUGUCCAGGCUUAGAUGGGUCUGAAUUUGGCGAUGAGAUCGACGAAGAGAAAGAGAAACAACAGAAGGAGGCAAAGAAGGAGCGGAAAAGAAAGCGAAACAGUGGCGAGAAAUCCAAGGACAAGAGCAAGAAGAGCAAGAGGGUUUCGAAUGAGUCUAUCCAGCAGGAUUUGGACUUCCCACAAAACAAUGGCAAUGAAAGUCGUCAAGAUGAAGCUAUGGAUGUUGAAGACCACAUGGAUGAUGUGACUGGACUGCCCCAGAAGUCCCACGGUUUGGAUGAUGAACCAGUGCUCGAACCGCUUGAUUCUACUGUCAGGGCUGCUUCGCAUGAGAGUGAAAAGCGGCCAGGCUGGCGCAAAACAACCCACAGAAACAACGACAAAGGAAAGCAACGGAUUCGUCGUGGAGAAGAGCAUUCUCGACGAUCCCUUCUGGGACUCGGAUUUUUAGGAGCCAAUGAUUCGCAAGGUGUGACCGCCAGUGAUGAGGUGCAGUCCAAGUACUUUUUGCGCACACCGAAGAAAAAUAUUACAAAAAAGUCGAGUUUUUGCAGCGAGAAGAACAGGAAACCUAGCAGCCCAGUGUUGAAGCAUUCGAUUCCGGAAGAAGCAAGAAUUAUUUUGAAAGAUCUCGAUUUACCGUCCGACUUUCUCUUGUCCGAUUCAUCUCUGAGUGACGUACCUAGAGAUAUCAGCUCCGGCGAUGACAGCCCUCUACCCUCCUAUUCCACGCAAACAUCGCCUCUGAAAGACCCCGUCGUUAUUCAUCCAACAGUUCCUCGAACCCCGACCAAGAGUAUGUCCCCUAUCAAGUCCGAGUUUCCUCAACCGGGGAAAGCACCUCGACUCAAACUCCCGAAAAUAUCGCAUUAUUUUCCAAAGCCUCUGGUCGACCCUGAGUCCUGUCUACCCUUCCCCCCUAUAGAUGCUCCAGCUUUCGGGCUUGUUCAGGAGCAGCUAGCACACGACCCUUUUCGCCUGCUCAUCGCUACCAUAUUCCUCAACCGGACGCGGGGAGGUGUCGCUCUUCCGGUUCUUUUCCAAGUUUUUGGGCGAUUUCCCACUGUCGAAACGAUGGCCGCAGCGGAGCCGUCGGAAUUGGUCGCCAUGAUCCAUUGCCUGGGCUUUCAAAACCAACGGGCUAAGAAAUGCAUCGAUAUUGCCCGGAUUUGGCUUUCCAAUCCUCCUAUCAGAAGCAAACGAUAUCGCAAGCUUCACUACCCGCAAAAAAUGGAUGGACGGGAUAUUGGCCGUAACGAAUACAUCGACAAUAGGGACCCGCGGGUAGCCUGGGAAAUUGCACACCUACCUGGAGUUGGAGCAUAUUCAUUGGAUAGUUGGCGGAUUUUCUGUCGCGAUGAGCUACGAGGACUGGCCCGGGACUGGAAGGGGUGUGGUGCUGAGACUGUUGGGUUUGUUCCUGAAUGGAAAUCGGUCCUUCCCCAGGAUAAAGAACUGCGGGCGUAUCUGACAUGGAUGUGGCUCAAGGAGGGCUGGCUAUGGGAUCGACACACGGGAGAGCGGACGCGGGCAAGUGACAAGACGAUGCGAGCUGCGAGGCGAGGAGGGGUAGCCCAUGAGGAGGAUGGGAACUGGGUGUUGGAGACAUCUCCUGUUAAAAAGUUUUCGCCCACUGCGGGGAAUCGGAGACGCUCACCGCAAACCAUCCCGACUUCAUCUUCUUUCUUUCCUCCCAAACCCACUGGGCUAACUGGCAACUCGCUCUGUAUGCACCUCUUGUCUCCUUUUCUGCCCAUCAUUUCGAGCCCACUGCACGUCAUGCUACCGUUGAGACUAAAUGACCGAGAUCGCGACAGGAAUAAAAGUACCAAAAGAAAGUCGUCCUCCAGCAUCGCCGCCUCCUCCUCUUCCUCCCUCAAAUCCAAACAUCGUUCGUCCCACGGUCGGUCUUCCCGCCGCCACUCAACCAAGGAUCGAGAUCGUGACAUCCCCACGGGUCGUUCCUCCACAACCACCUCCGCUUCCACUCCUCCUUCUUCGCGCGGCUCUCACAAACGCAGGUCCUCCAUGCCGGGCGUCGACAGCGCCAGCCGCGAUGGAGCGGCCUCUUUUCUCGAGUCGAGGGUCAGCUUGCCCUACCCGUCCUUCUCCAAGGCUCAUAGCAAGGAGGCCAUCUCCAAACCGAACAUUCCUACGCCCGAUCCCACCGACCUGACCGAGAAAGGCGAUGAUGCGAAUGAACACAGUCACCCCCGCACAGAAAAUCACCGUGCCCCUCCCAGCCCCCCGUUGACGAGUGUCGACCAGCAGUCCUCCCGCAAAGGAAGCACGGUCGGAGACCGCGACGAGAAGAAAACAGAGACGGGGGACAAGCCUAAAGAGAAAACAAAGAUCCGGAUCAGAACCGACUCGACUAGGUCGUCGUCGAGUCUGCGCUCCAAGAAGGAUGACGGGGUCAAGUCCACAUCCACCAGCAGGCCCGCCCGGCCAGAGACUCCCCCGAAAUCCAAAUUGUCCAGCCAGGAGAAGGAAACUCCAUCUAGGACAACCAGUCACAAGACAUCCAAAACCAAGAUUGCUGAAGAUAUCAAGGUGCCCAGGCGGUCGAAUAGCCAUGCUGCCAUGUCGCCGCCCCGAUCCUCAGUGACAGCUCGUGAUAUAGGAUCCGAAUCAGCAAACGGCUCCGAUGCCACCAUUGCACCCCCUCAGCAGUCCACCAGCUCCCGCAAAUCUAAGAGUCCUGAAAAGCCACCGUCACGGAACCAGAACCGAUCGUCCAUGUCCUCCCAUCACCACUCUUCUCGCAGUCGCACUCCGGUCGAAGCAGCAUAUGAGUAUGGACGCCCUCCCACAGCCAACUCCGCCUUCGGUGCCCCUCCCCCGCCUCCUCCCCCGCCCGAAGUCCCUGUGUCGAUACCGAGAGUCGACUAUUUGCUUCAGAAUGGUGGACUCGAUUAUCGGUUGACCAAGACACUGCUGAUGGGUACUGGAGGCUCGGAAGCCACGGCAACUCGGGUUUUUGAGCCUUACAACCGGCUCCUAGAUGACUACCAAAAGGUUAUGAGCAAGAGCGGCUCAUUGGCGGUGGCCACUGGAUAUCGGUCGGUUGCCCGUCGCCUGCUUGAUCGAUUGGAAGCGGUUUUCGCCCGUGACAUCUCGUCGGAGUCAUGCCAUUGUCUGAUGUGUGACCAUGAGGAGACGGAAGAGCGCCAACCUGGAGUGAGCUGGGGUGAAGUUCUCGAAUUGGUCUCCGGUCGCAAAGAACUGCCCGCUUGGCCACCAUUUAUCAUGGCACCAACUGCCAAUGAGCCCGCUGGCGAAGAACACAUUCCCAUGCAGAAGAUGGAUAUUGACGUUCCGGAAGAGUACCGCGAACACUUCCUUCGACAGUCACGCAAGACUAAAGUGGCAGUCGAUAAGUGGCUUUCGGAGCAGGCAGGCCAGUCUACUAGCGCACCAGUCGAGGUGGAUGAUGAGACUUUGACCUUUGCCAUGUUGACGCAUCUUGGGUCUGAGCAACGGCCUCGCUUCUGUGCGCUGCUAGGCAUGAAGUCCGCUAUCCCUACACCCCGGCCAGAAGGACCACAGCCACACCCGAAACCUGAGGCACUUGUGUCAUCAUCAUUGGCUAUCCAGCGACUAUACCGACUUUCGUCUCUUCCCCGUGAUCCAGAGACGGCUAUGUACAUGCUGAACAACCACACUAUGCACCACGUGCUAGCAACCCUGGCAGCUAUCAGCGACGAUGAAUGGGAUAUUCUCAUUUCGGGUCGUUUCGACGGAUUCCUUCGCAGCGGAGCAGAAGACUCGACUCCUUCGCGAUGGGGUAGCCGAUCGGGCACGCCUUUCACCCCCGGCGGGAUCUCACGGGGUCCAACACCUAGCAUGGAUCGGCCGUCCAGUCAGCCAUUUGGUCCAAGUUCGUCACCAGCGUCCUUUGGAGGGCCCAUUGCUUUGGAUGAAGAGACAGAAGUUGCCGCUCUGGCUGAAAUCGAGCGCGACAUCUACCUCGGAAUGGAAGCGCUAGAGGACGCCUUUGAAGCGCUACACUGCAAGGCCGAAGUUGUCCGACGUGCUCUGCGCGAACGUGGUGCAGGCUUAUCGGUUGCCACUCAAACCCGUCGUGGAUCAUACGUCGAGGCUCGACUGGGCACACCAUCCUCCGCUCAAUGGGACAGUGGAGACGAUGACUUCCUUGAUGACAUUCAGUCUCUUGCUCCGGAUGAUUCGGCGAGUAACAUCAGCUCGAACCGCCGCCGUCGACCAAAGAGACGCACCGAAAGACGAACCCCAGCUCCGGUUGAGGAAGAAGACGAAGAAGAAGACGAUAGAUACGAUAGCCGUCGGGAUGGCCGAGGAUCGCGGAGGAGGUAA